CGCUUCGAGCUGCCAGCUAACCGCCAACCCUUCAACUGCAGUGUUGCUGAGUGGACGCGGCUACAGCGCCCCCUGUGGUAUCCAGGGUGUACUGCAACUAGGGACAACUGUCUACAAUUUGUUGCAAUGCAAAGUUCAUGCAGUACCUCUUCCACACCAGGGGGGCGCUGUUUAAUAAACCCAUUGUUAACGAGCCGACCAGUCAGUUCCUCUUCUGCCUUCCUCUGCUUUGUUUUCAUCGAAGACAAAUUGGAUGGUCAACCAAAAGUGAACACUGAGUUUUUCCAAACAAAAUAAGGCAUACUUAUAAAUGAUAAAUUGACGCGGUAUCUUUAUUUAAACGUUAUUUUUCCUUCGUAUGAUUUUUUGAAAGAGAUUAAACAAAUUAAAAGUACACAGUUGUAAUUAAACGCCCAAGGUGUUUAGUUAAACUCUGUGAAGGUUUUUGUUAGCCCAUAGAUUAAGUUUACACAUGGACAGCAGCUACUUUCUCUCCUGGCUAAUGGUCUGAUAAAACGUUGUGAUUUAAGCGUUUGAGGCCUUCAUAUUCAUCAUGUUGAAAUCCAAAACCUUCGUCAAGAAGACCCGGUCUGGUGGGGUGAUGAAGAUAGUGCGUGAGCAUUACCUGAGAGAUGAUAUUUGGUGCGGGAGCGAAGUCUGCACUGAAUGCAAACAGGAGUCCACGGUGCUUCAGAGAGACGCGUGUUUAGAGAGCAGUCUGUGCUCCUAUCCUCACUAUCUGGUCCCUGACACCAAUGUGGUGCUGCAUCAGAUUGACGUGCUGGAAGAUCCUGUGAUUCGUAAUGUUAUUAUCCUUCAGACGGUGCUGCAGGAGGUUCGCCACCGCAGCGCACCGGUCUAUAAACGCCUGAAGGACAUUAUACAUGAAAAAGAGAAGCACUUCUACACCUUUACCAACGAACACCACAGGGAGACAUUUAUUGAACGUGAACCAGGAGAGAGUGCAAAUGAUCGUAAUGAUCGCGCAAUCCGUGUGGCAACAACCUGGUACUGCAAGCAUCUGAAGACAUCCAAGUCUGAUGCAGAGGGGCUCAAGGUGGUCCUCCUCACCAAUGACACCGGGAACAAGCAGAAGGCUGAAGAGAAGGGCCUGCUGGUGUUAAAAUGUGAAGAAUACAUCAAGAGUCUGAUAGCGAACCCUGAGCUUGUUGAUCGCCUGGCUUUGUCCAAUGAUGACAAGAAUGAUAUCACAAGCAGUAAGGUGCUAUUCCCGGAGCAUCUUCCCCUGUCCAGGAUCCAGGCAGGAAUUAAGAGCGGCACCUUCCUCCAGGGCACAUUCAGGGCCAGCAGGGACAACUAUCUGGAGGCCUCAGUCUUUGUGCAGGGAGAGGGGGAAGAGAGCACAGAGGUUCUCAUCCAGGGUCUUCAGAACCUCAACAGAGCAGUCUACCAAGAUGUUGUUGCCGUGCAGCUUUUGCCGCGUAAUCAGUGGGUGGCGCCCUCUUCAGUUGUGCUGCAAGACGAAGGCGCUGCAAAGGAUGAUGAGGCUGAAGAAGAAGAGGAGGAGAAGGCAUUGAGGAUAUCAGCAGCUGAAGCAGCCAGAAAGCCCACAGGCAAAGUUGUUGGAAUCAUCAAACGGAGCUGGAGGCCGUUCUGUGGCAUGCUCAAUGCAUCCCAGAUUAAAGAGUCAACCCGGCAUCUCUUCACCCCAGCAGACCGCCGUAUUCCUCGCAUCCGCAUCGAAACACGGCAGGCAGCCACACUGGCCGGUCAGAGAAUCAUGGUGGCCAUCGACGGCUGGCCCAAACACUCCAGAUAUCCAAAUGGUCACUUUGUGCGCAGUCUGGGGAGUGCAGGGGACAAGGAAACAGAGCAGGAGGUUCUUCUUUUAGAGCAUGACGUCCCCCACCAGGCCUUCUCUCAGGCUGUGCUCAGUUUCCUUCCCAAGAUGCCUUGGGGCAUCACACCAGAGGACAUGGCAAAGAGAGAGGACCUGAGGCAUCUGACAGUGUGCAGCGUGGACCCUCCUGGCUGUACAGACAUAGACGAUGCUCUUCAUUGUAGAGAGCUGGAUAAUGGAAACCUUGAGGUGGGCGUUCACAUUGCUGAUGUUAGCCACUUCAUCAGACCUGGUAACGCUAUGGACAAAGAGGCUGCAAACCGAGGCACCACUGUGUACCUGUGUGGCAAAAGGAUAGACAUGGUCCCUGAGCUACUCAGCUCUAAUCUUUGCUCUCUACGCUCCAAUGUGGAAAGGCUUGCUUUCUCGUGUAUCUGGGAAAUGAACCAGCAGGCUGAAAUUAUCAAGACCCGCUUCACAAAAAGCGCCAUAAACUCAAAGGCUUCUCUGACAUAUGCCGAGGCCCAGAUGAGGAUCGACGACACCAGCAAGAACGAUGAUAUCACCAAGAGCCUCCGAGGUCUCAACAAACUUGCUAAAGUCCUCAAAAGACGGAGGAUAGAGAAUGGGGCGUUGACACUGUCAUCCUUGGAGGUCCGUUUCCACAUAGACAGUGAAACCCACGACCCCAUUGACCUCCAGACCAAAGAGCUCAUGGAGACAAACUCCAUGGUAGAGGAGUUCAUGUUGCUGGCAAAUAUUUCUGUUGCCCAGAAGAUCUAUGAUGAAUUUCAAGACUGCGCUAUUCUGAGGAAACAUCCAGCCCCGCCUCCAUCCAACUACGACAUCCUACUGAAGGCUGCAAAAUCUAAGGAGGUUGAGAUCCACACGGACUCAGCGAAGGCCCUGGCUGACUCCCUUGAUGUGGCCAAAGUGGACGGCUUCCCCUACUUUAACACGUUACUGCGUAUCCUGGCCACUCGCUGCAUGAUGCAGGCUGUCUACUUUUGUUCCGGCAUGGACAGCGAUUUCCACCACUAUGGUCUCGCUACACCCAUUUACACACACUUCACAUCACCUAUUAGAAGGUACGCAGAUAUAAUCGUGCACCGCCUGCUGGCAGUGGCCAUCGGAGCAGACAGCACCUACCCAGAUUUGAUGGACAAACAUAAACAGUCAGCUCUCUCCAACAACCUCAACUACAGACAUAAAAUGUCUCAGUAUGCACAGAGGGCGUCUGUGGCCUUCCACACACAGUUGUUCUUCAAGAGCAGAGGCAUCCUGAAUGAAGAGGGAUUUGUUCUGUUUGUGAGGAAGAAUGCAAUCAUUGUUCUCAUCCCAAAGUUUGGUCUGGAGGGAACAGUCUUCUUUGACAGCAAAGACAAGGCCGGCCCAAACCUUGUUUUUGAUGAAGAGGGCCCCUCUCUGAUGGUAGAGCAGCACACCUUCCACAUAUUUGACAGAGUGAAGGUCACCAUCAGCCUGGACAGCUCCAACAUUCAGCAUCAGAAGAUUCGCAUGGCUCUGAUUGAACCUGUGAUUCCUGGUGUGAGUGUUCCAGUCCCAGAAGUUGAACCUCAGGCCAAGAAACCAAAACUGGACCGUUGAAACAGAAAGAGGCAGAGUAAUUCCUCCAACCUGCUGAACCUCCAUAUUGAGUAACAGAAGUCUACAAAAGAACCACGAUGGACUGUUUCAUACAAUUAUAAGCAUAUUAGCCUUUUAAUAAAGGUUUCAGUGAAGCCACUCUGCUCUUUUACUCAUUUAAUGCAUUCUAGAAGACCUGAUGGUUUAUAUUUAGGGAGAGGUGCAAGUCAUAAAUGCAGUCUGUCAAAUAAGUGUUAAAGGUGACUCAAUCAUUAAAGUGUUUUGACCUA